UUUCUCCUGUUUAUUUUUCACUGAAUGAUUCUUUGUAAUACCGAAUCUCUUAUAGAGCAGCUAACCAACUUUCAACUUCAGUAGGACACAAUUCCUGUGAACCACAUACUUAAAACACCUUAGACUUGUCAUAACUAUCACUCCUCCAUAGCCACUCUGUGUCGUAUCAAAUUCCACGCACUAUCACUAACUGCGGCGACCGUUCAGCAAUUAAAUAUAAUUAAAUUACUAAAAACACUCGAGUACCUUCACCAGUAUAACCACCUCCAUCAUCCACUAGACACCCACCACCAUAUUAUUUCCCAUUUCGUAUGACUUUCCAAUUGUAAGCAAUCACAGUCUCCAUACAGUCCCAGUCACAGUCCCCAUUCCUAACCAUGCAGUCGUUAGACUUAUCAUUUAGAUACGAUAAUGAAUCGGAUCUAUCCUUAAUACAACUAUGGAAAAUCACCAAUCCUCAAUCCACAUGUUCAUCUCAGAACAAUCAUCAAAAUUGCAUAUACUCAAAAUAUUCCUCUAUAGAAAGAAUCAAUAAUAGAUCUUGGCGUAUUGUCAGUAAAAAGCUUUUGGUUAAUAAACCUACUCCUAUUACUACAUCAGUAACAUCCACUACUAAUCAACCUACUCCAAAUAUUAAUACAAAUAAUAUUCAACCAGAUACUCAUCAAUAUAUCCCAUUACUGCCUCUUCAUACAAUAACUGACUUCUCAAAGGAUUCCUUAUCCGACUUGUUACCUAAACAAAGUCAGUUUAUAUCAUCUCAAAAAUAUGUAUCUUCUGAUAAUGAUAGAAAUCUUUUAAAUAACCAUAUAAAUAAUUCCGCUAGACCAUCGUCAUUAUUCUCAUCCCAAAAUUCAAAAUUAAGUCUUGCAUCCCAUACUAGAAAAUCAACUAAUAAUUCAACCUUAGAAUCUUAUACAACUACAUCUAUAUCUGCAAAGCAACCACAUUCUGAAAAUGACCAAUCCAAUGUCCUUCAAGUUCCAGUUCAAGUUCAUCCUCCUUCAUCUAGUUCAGUAAGUCCUUUAUUUAAAGAUAAACAUAACCCUGAACAUAGUCAUGAAGAGGAACUAUAUCAAACACGAAGAGAGUCACAUUCUCUGACUUCAUCUAAAUCUCAACAUCAACAUCAACCUCAACCUCAAUCUCAUGCGUCUUCUCAUAAUUCUUCCAAAAAUAUGUUCUAUAUUGCCAAUUCUCCUUCUCCUCCUCAGAAGAAUCAACAAGAUGCUGAGCACAUCAUUAGUUUAAACCAACAACUAAACCCUCAACCACAAAGAUCAUCUAAUCUGUUCCACCCUCAACCUGUAAAAAGGCAAAGCUCAUUAUUUAGUUCUACCAAUCAAAUACAAACCAAGUCAAUUAAUGAGUUGGAUUCUCAUGAUGAAAGUGGAUAUUCUUCAACUGAUAUAGAUGAAGAUGAAGAUGAAGAUGAUAUUUAUGAAGAAGAGGAAGAAGAGGAAGACGAUGAUAAUGAAAAUGAACAACAUAAUGCAAAAGAGAUAAAUGAAAAAACACAAUUACAAUCUAAACCUGAAUUCGGUAAACAUGAUGAAAAUAAUCAUCCAGAAUUACCUAAAUCAAGUUCCAAAAUAUUCUUUGAUGCUCGUAGAGCAAAUUUAUUACAUGGAUUAAAAAGUAAUAAUCAAAAAUCAGAAAAGAUCAUUAUUAAUACUAAAUCAAAAAGUGCUGGCACUACCGAUAAUGAGAAUGAUAGGGAAUGGUUAUCUGUAUCUUCUGAAGAUGAUCAUACUAAUAAAUCACUUGAUGGUCAAAAUCAUCAUGCUUUAGCACCUUUACAAUUUAAUAAAAUUGUUCCUACCAUAUCUCAUGGUUCAAAUAUUUCUUCAACAUCAACUGAUAUUUUACCUAUCGUUGAAGAAAAUGUUAAUUUAAGUUCUACUAGUCGAUUUACUCCUCAAGGUUCUAUAAAGAAACCAAGAUCAUUAUUAUCGGGUUUAUUCUUGAAUGAAUUAGCAAAUGUUUCUCAUGAUGCUUAUAAUCUGUAUAAUAAUGAUGGAGAGAAUUCAAAACCUGUCUUGAAGAGAUCCUCAACCACUGGUAUAAUAACAACGACUCAGCAACAACAACAUAAUCCACCUCAAAAACUAAAAUCAGUUAUUGGUUUUACUACAAAGCGUCCAACAUUAAUACUUAAUAAAAGAUAUACUUCAAUGACUGAUAUACGUCAUAGAUCAUCUAGUCUUCUUCCUGAUCAACAAGUUUCUGAGAAUCUAGAAAUUAAUCAAAAUCAAAUUGAUAGAAACGGUGCAGGCACUGGUUCUGAUGCUCAUAGCGCUACAAGUCAUGAAGAGCAUCUCUGGUUCAACAGUAAAAAUAAGCAGAAAUCAAUAGUUGGUGUAUCAUAUAGUACAGUCACUCUGGCCAUGUCUGCAGCUAUACCUUCGAAUUAUACUUCAGAUAGUAAUGAUAAUAAACCUCAUACAUCGAUAGAAUCGAAACCAGAUCAUGAAACAUUAUCAUCAAGUCUUCAUAGAAUAUCAAGAUCGGUUUCAAAUAAUUCCAUAAGGAAUAUCUUACUUCCCAAGCAAACUUUGAACUUAUCAAGAUUAUAUACAAAUUCAAAAUCAAAAUUUGGAAGAUCAGAAACAAGUUUUGAAUCUGAUAAAUCUAAUUUUAAUCAGCUUGAAGGAAGUACAUCAAAGCCAUAUCAUCUUAAACCAUUGACUCCAAAGUAUCCCCAAGUACAGGUUUCACCAUCAACUCCAAUUUCAACUUCACCAGAACUUUCAAAUAAAGUUCUUAAAGAUCCAGAAGAUGGAAUCACUUCGCUGCCUAAUGUAAAAGCUGAACCAAUUGAAAUGUCACCCAGUACUAAACGAAAAGAAAUGUUAUCAUCAGAACUAAGUGAAUCACUUAAAGAAUCUAUCAUCAUUGAUUACAAAUUAGGAAAAAUCCCUCUACCUACUAGAGUCAUAGAUAGUGAUAAAAUUAUGAGAGCUAAUGGUAUGGCCACUGUAGGAGGUGAUGAUAGUGAUUUUGAUGAUUAUCAUGCAAAGGGGUGGUAAAAUAUAUAUAUAUGUUGUUUUCUAAUGCUAAUCCUAGUAUUCUCUUAAAAGUAAUGGUUUGGUUUAUAAAUUCCUAUAGUGUACAAAUAUAUAUCUUCUUCUAUGCUUUUAUAUUGUAUUUGUAGUAAUUGUAUUUGUAGUUGUAAUUUCAGUUGCAGUUGCAGUUGCUGCAGUUUUCGGUUUAGUUGC